AUGUUCGCAAAAAUUAUCCCGUCGGGAGGCGAAAAAUUGGCUUUGAAGGUAGAAAAUUGCCUUAGUGCGCCGGUGCUAAGCGAAGAGGAUUUAAAGUGCAACGAAGAAGAGCUGACGAAAACGAAAGCCGUUCGAUCAGAGAAAUUGGCACUCAACCAGCAACCUACCGCACAGCUUGGAGGAGGCGGAGCGAAGAUGGCCAUUUCCAUGGGAGGUGAGAAUUAA